AUGACGCCGGUGGUCUACGAUCUGACGGGGAAAUGCCAGGUAAUGGAAUGGGGCCAGGAUGCAACGGAAUUGUUGGGCCUUCCGCGAGACCAUUAUUCAGUGCACAUCAGUGAUCGGGUGGGAGUCCUCAUCGAUUUCGAGGAUCCGACGGCACCGAAAGGGCUUCGCAUGCACCUGUGGGUUGAGCAAGUUGGUUGCGUGCUGCCGCCCUCACAGCCAUAUGACAUCCACAAAAUGGUCGCCGCACCCGUUGAUCAACUCGGAUUGAAAACCUUGAUCAAGGUCAACGAACACCUCACGCGUCAUCAUUGCACCGAUGUCAUCAAAAUGAAGAUAAAGAAAACCGUAUGCCUCCGCGUCCCGUUAAUCAUGGCGACCGAGCGCGAGAUUGAAGUGCUGCAGGUCAUCGUGAAAGGCGAUUCUGAAUUCGAUUGGCCGGGUGGGAGCAGGCGUUUGCAGAAGACUGUUCGGCCAGAAGCGCCGAUCGCGAACCGGUUCGGCUUCCCAGUUGAAUCGCGCGUGCGACAGAUUUACGUCCCCGAUCGGGACGGACCCCCGGACGAAUGCGUGAUUUACUUCAUUUUGGAUGCGACUCCUGAUCGGAAGACGAUAAAAGUUGGGUAUGUGUCUAAUAAGUGGCUAAAUUUGAUG